AUGAGGAAAUUUGAAAGACUGUACCAGAUUUUAUUAGAACAGAAUGUGAUUUGUGAACGGCAGGUGUUGAUGCCAGUGAAAGCCAGUAAGGACUUACUGACUGAAGCCGUUCACACCAAAGAUUACAUAGAAGACUUUUUUAAUGGUUGGACUGAUGAAAAGGCGCAAAGAAAAACUGGGUUCGUUUGGAGUGAAGGACUUGUAAGCAGAUGUCGUUAUGAAACAGGUGGUACUGUUUUAACUGCUGAAGCAGCUCUGCAAUGUGGUCUUGCAUGUAGUACAGCAGGGGGUACUCACCAUGCAUUCCCAGCAUAUGGCGCAGGUUACUGUCUUUUUAACGACAUCGCUGUCGCUGCCAAGUAUUUGAUUCUCAGGAACAAAGUGUCAAGAGUCCUGGUUAUAGACUUAGAUGUACACCAGGGUGAUGGUACUGCCUUUAUUUUCAAAGACGAUCCCGCUGUAUUCACGUUUUCUGUUCACUGUGGUAAAAACUUUCCCUUAUUCAAACAACAAAGUGACUUGGAUAUCAGCCUGAAUUGUGGGACUGGGAAUGCAGACUACAUGGAUGUGAUCCAACAUAAUUUGCCAUGGAUUUUCCAAACAUUCCGUCCAGACUUGGUGAUCUAUGAUGCUGGUGUGGACCCACACAAAGAGGAUCUCUUAGGACAGUUAGCUUUAACAGACGAAGGUUUAUUUAAGAGAGACUACUGGGUUAUCAAUUAUUCAAUCACCUGUGGCUGUCCAUGUGCCUGUCUGAUUGGUGGUGGAUAUGAUAAAAGUGUUGACAAAUUGGCAUUAAGGCAUAGUAUACUACACAGAGCUGCCACAAAG